CAUUGGUGAGUCAAACUGUCUGCAUUAACGUCAGGAGAUUAGCUAGCGGUUCGCAGCUGGAAUGCAAGGUUGAUUCACAAAGGAAAGCGAGGAGGCUGAAGCCACAGCUGCAGAUACGCAUCAGACGGCUAUACAUCACACUCAGCCAUGAAAGGAGAGCACUUAUUCCCCAAGAUGAGAGGAGCCACGUUUUACCAGCGCUUUUACCUGCUGGGCGGGGAGGAGCUGCUGGUGCUCCAGAGCUCGGUGUGGGACCCGGUGCUGGGUGACGGCUUCCACCAGAUCACCGACUUCAACGACCUGCCCACCUCCCUGUUCGCCUGCAACGUGGACCAGAGCGUGUUCGAGGAGCAGGAGGGGAAGGAAAUGUUUGAGGCCCUGUUCCUGGCGUACGACGACCACGUGACGUUCCAGCUGUUCAAGAGCUUCCGCCGGGUGAGAAUCAACUUCAGCAGCCCCAAAGCCGCAGCCAGCGCCAGGAUAGAGCUGCACGAAACGCCCUUCAGGGGGAAGAAGCUGAAGCUCUACUUCGCCCAGGUACAGAACCAAGCUUCCGAAGGGGACAACCUGCACCUGGCACCUCCCCAGCCCUCCAAACAGUUCCUCAUCUCCCCGCCCGGGUCGCCCCCCGUCAGCUGGCAGCAGAUCGACGAAGCCACGCCCGUCAUCAACUACGACCUCCUCUACGCAGUCGCCAAGCUGGGACCCGGAGAGAAGUACGAACUCCACGCGGGAACAGAGUCGACCCCCAGCGUGGUGGUGCACGUCUGCGACAGCGACACCGAGGAGGAAGAGGAACCAAAGAAUUGCCCCAAGCCAAAAAUCAUCCAGACCCGGCGCCCUGACCUCCCAGUAUCCCACUGAACUGUGACACCCCCCCCCCCCCUCCCCUCCCCUCCCCUCUCCAUCAGCAGCACCCCCUGCCUGCAGGGAGGGAAGAGAAUGGCCCUGACAGGACCCCCAUCCGACCCCCAUGUUCUGUAAACACCGCCCCUCUCACCCCCCUAGGGUCCCGACAGUCCUGUCACAAGGGCACCAGGGGGCCCAACCCGUGCUCCUUAUCUGACACGCAGCCAUUAAUGUGCAAUCACAAGGUUAUUUUCCUUUCUUGGUUCGACUGGCAUUAUCCCGUUUCCAUGUACAAUAUCCACGUCCUUAACCCCGUUCUCUCACAGUUCUGUUGUAAUAUCACACACACACACACAAUCACAUCUAACAGUGGGAGGCAGCAGCAAUCACAGCUGUGAUUGGCUGUGGGGCUGUGGCGCGUUAGAGUGUGCGAUUCCUAUUGGCCCCCGACUGGGCCUCGGGGUGAGGCAGCUUUGUGCUAGCGCCACUACGCUAGGCUAGGCUAACCGCUGCACACACCAACAUCGACGAUGAAUAGUGCAUUUUCACAAGGGCAUGCAUGUCACCGGGAGUGACCGAAAUCCAGCGCUGCAUGAAUUGACACAACCUGAUAUGGGAAAAUAUAACAGAAUAUUUGUUUUCACAGUCCCCAAACACCCGUCUUGAGGUUAAUACUCGCAUAGCAGUGCUGUCAAUCACAGGAAAAUUUUGAAUCUUGCCAAUGCAUGCACUGAUCUGAUAUUGUUUGCGUAAUUUUACUGUUCUGUUUGCUGUGUAUAACUGUUCACUCGGAAACCUUUCUGUCUCUGCCUUUUCAAUGUUACUCACAGAAAAAGAAAAAAAAUAAGGCUUAUACCAGUGAAAUCAAUAAACAUCCUGGGCCAUGCACCUUCUAAGUGAAACAUUAUGUAAGAUGAUAUUUGCAAAUCUGUGAUUUUCUUCAAUGUGAAUCUUUGUGUACCUGUCUUGUCCCCCUGAGGCUUGGUUAAAAAAAAAGAAAAAAAAGAAAAAAGAAGUACUGUAAGGCCUUGCUGGCCCCCAACCCAUCUUUACAUAGGCUGAAAUGCGAAGCUAAUCAGACAUCGCUAGUCGAAGCCAGAGUCCGUAAAAUGCAUGGUUUAUUGUUAAUGGAGACAAUUGUGCUAUCAAUCAAAACAACGAUUCGUAGGUUUCUUUUUGUUCGUGUGCCUCAACAGACUGCAAUGGAGCUCGCUUAGAAGAACUGAAAGUGCAUGUUUUUAGAAAGAAGGUAGUGUAAAUCGACACUGUAGCUCAGUCGAGUCACACAAAAACUUCAAAGUGCGAUUACACAACUUGUGACCGGUCUGGAGGACACAAACAUCUUUUUUCGUCCCACGUUUGUUUUUGUUUUUUUUCUCUCUACUUCAGCUGGUGUCUUUUUGAAGUAGCAUUACCACAUUGUAACAGUUUGUUACUCACAUCGGUAGUAGGACAACACACGAAUAAAAUUGGAUAUACUGACGCGUUGAACCAAAAUUCAAUUUGAAAAACUCAUUACCGGCUUUCUGUGGUCAAGCCAAACUAAAUUAAUUUUCAAUACAUCGGCACUGUGAUUCACCAAUGCUGUGACUCCCGAAUCUCGCCUCAAGUGUUUUUAUUAAUAAUGUUUUCCCUUCAAUUUUCAAUUUCAAUCCAACAUUUUUCUCUGUAACAGAAUGUGGCAAAUAAAUAAGCAAUAACGUGGGCACUAACACAUACCCUAACAAUUGCUUUCAAUAUUGGAAUUGCAGGUACAAAAGCAGCGUCCAAUUUGCUAAGAUUGAAACUAAAGUGAAACCACAAAUUUACUCUCCGAAAUUGGAACUUUAGUUUAGCUGACCAUGUGGUAAAUAAUGAAGUAGUGUUCUUCAAAAAUACAAGUUAGGUUUUUCUUUGAAAGGAUAAAGAGUACUUGCUUUCAUUGAGAGGGUUAAUAUUGAAACACUGGGAUGAGAGGCCUAUUUUCUUAGAAUCUAUUGCAUGUUAUAUGACAAGUAUAGCAGUUAUCUGUUUGCCACUCUUUUCGGCUUUGAAUGCACACCAUUUUGAAGACGUGCCCUGCUCUCUUCUCCCUUGCUGCGUGCUGUUGCUGUUAGCCUAGGGUCGUUUAUAUGACAGUAACCACUGUAAGCAGUUCGCCUUUUUUCCUUUUUAUGGGAGUUAUUUAGAAGAUUGAGGAAGGAUAGGGGAACCUUUGUGCUCUAAAUGAAAGGAGAGGGGGGUCACUGUUCAUAGUUCGUAGAUUUUAAUAUGGGGCUGAUUGCCCGGUGAGGGCACAUAAGACAGGGGAGACAGCACUGAAAGUGUGGCUCUUCUAUGGAAAAAGAAGUGAUUGGAUUUUUAAAACAUGGUGUCGUUUUCCCCAAACAACCAUGUUUUCAUAGAUGUAUGCUAAUUCUUAUUGGCAAAACGCACCAGGACUGACUGCCAGUCAUUAGUCAUGGGACAGUGAGGAUUCAUGAACCCAAUAAUGGGUUGAGCUACAAUGAUCACAGACCAGUUUUAACCAACCAAAUCAAUGUGCUCCACACAGCAGAAACACAAUGAUUGGCCCCAUCGGUGAGCACGACAUCCCCCAUUUUGGGUCUAGUGAAUCCUCAGUCCCAUCAUUGCCUGUCGAUCUGCUCUGCUCUGCUCUAUUGGUCUUUCUUGUACCUUCAGUGGCUCUCGUGUGGCACGCACACGCAACCUUUGCAACCUCAACUAGAGGAUACGAAGCACCUCAUGACUAAUUCAUGACAGUAAAUAGCAGGUAGAAGGACAGAAGGUAUCGGAAGCACUGGUGAUGUCCAUAAGACUGAGAACAGCUUGCACUGUUGCUGGCUCUCCCUCUCUCAAUUUCACAAAUAAUAGAACAAAAAAAAAAAGCCAGUUAGUUGCAUUGUUAAACUGCGCAGACAAAGCCAUGUCCUUCAGGAAAAUAUCUGGUUACAGUAUGCCACAUUUUCAGUGCUGAAGAGACGUUGGUUCCUUUUUAAAGGCCCUUGACCACAGACUUAAAAGUUUGAACACUGCAUUCUGAUUUGCAUUUAAAAGCCCCUUCCAAUAAAACCUGCCAGAUAGAUGUUCAACAGAGGGAAUCAGAUUUACUCUAAACCUUAAUGAAUUCAGCGGUAGCAGCUUCUGCAAUAGAUUAAAAUUUCUGUGCAAAUGAGUCUGUUUGGCUGGUAUAAAUACAAACUUUGGCUUAAAUUAUGUCCAGACUAGAAAUAUCUAUAACUUAGACUGCUGUCCUCUUUUUCAGUCUUGUUCUCUCACUCCUAUGUAGACAUCCUGCAUAUUGUCAUUCGUGUAUCUGUAUAUCUUUUUAAAACAUGUAUUUUAAUAAUAUUUGUUCAUUUUUUUAAAGAAAAAAAAAGAUAUUCUCUCUGUUCUUCUUAAAGUCUGUUGGAAUAGGAAACAGCACAUUGGGAACUGAUAUCUGUAUUGUGUAAACUUCAGUGUACUUGUCAUCUACAUGUACAACCUGCCUGCCUACACUGAGAAGACGACAUAUCUGUAUAUAUUAAUCAAUACUAUUUUUACUGCAUUUUUGUACAAAUAUUCAUGGUAGCCAUGUAGGAGUAGCUGAAUUCUACGGUAGUAUUAAAAGAGUUUGAUUUAAA